AAUAAAUGCUUAGUGACAGCGUGACCGUUCCAGUCCUCUGCAUGAUACUAGUGCAUGCUGACAGCAAUCUCAUUAGAUAAAUGCAGCUGAGCUGCCCUGGUAGCUCAGUGGGUAAGAGCGCUCUGCCUAUACUGCCUAUACUGCAGAGUGUCGUGGGAUCGAAUCCCACCCAGGGCAGCUCUUCAUUAGUGUUGUCCUGGGUGUAGUUGACUUGUUCUGCCUUUGCCUUGCAGCCUCGUUGAUGUUUGCAUGUUUUACUAGGUGGACUUUUUUGCUGCCAAUAAUGUUUCGGUUUACAUGCUUACCUCAGUCUCCUUCCCUGUCCCUCCCUCCCCUAUGAAGGGCAUGGUACAUGUGGGUAACCCCCUGUACACAUUUAUCCAUGUAUUUCUACUUACGUUUUAUUCCUGUCUACUACAACGCAUGCUUCUGCACACAGGCUGGGUUUGCUGCAAGAUCUACUAGUAUUUUGAACUACAUUCAAGAGGCCAGAGGAGUGUCAUGGAGUAUUGGUGGCGAUGAAGGAGACCAUAGAGCAUGUGCAACAUUACCGAAUAUUCUGAGAUACUUCAAUAGUGAAGUGACUGGAGCUUCCUUUGGUACUGGAGGGAAGGACUCUGAUGGAGCACAACUCAACAGAGCUGUGUCUGCAGCCAAAUCUGAUGGGAUUCGUGCUCAGGCUGAAGACCUGGUGGCCAAGAUCAAAGAAAUGCCAGGUGCGAUGGAUAAGUGGAAGUUGGUGACACUCUGGAUUGGUGGAAAUGACCUCUGCCAACAGUGCAAUAAUGAGAAAUUUUCUCCUGAGGAGUAUUACAAUAGGAUAUACGAAACAGUUGACUAUCUGAAAGGAGAACUCCCAAGAACACUGGUGAACAUACCUCUGAUACUGGACGUCGCUACACUAGCUGAAGCCACUACUUUAGUCUGUGGAGCUGUUCGUCUGGUUGCCUGCAAUUGUGCAAAUGGUGACAAUAAAGAGCACACUAGAGAGAGAGUUAAAGAAUACCAGAGACUAGUGGAACAGUUCGACGGUUCAUCAUUCAAUGAUGGGGAUGAUUUUGCGGUGGUCACCCAGCCCUUCUUUAGGGGCUUAACUCUCCCUCGGAAAGAGAAUGGAGAUGUAGACAUGUCAUUCUUUGCUCUCGACUGCUUCCACAUGAACACCUUGGGACACCGUGCCUUUGCCAUAUCUCUCUGGAACAACAUGAUCACCCCGGUGACGAUGAAGAGUGAAACUUGGGACCCCUACAGCGAAGUGAUCGAUUGUCCCAACGAAGAUUUUCCAUACAUCUUUACUGAUCGUACCAUGGAGAGGUUGGCGGCCGUGCGUCAGUCCCAGGGUAAAGAGGGAGAGUUCAAUGCCGAGUCUGACCCCAGCAGCCAGGAGCAGAGUAAGACAACUCCAGUGGGUGGAGUCUCGGACAGAUCUUUGGAGUGACCGUCGGAACUGCAGCCGCUGCUUACAUGGGUCUGGUGGUGGUGGGUGUGGUCAUUGGGGGUGUGACCUGGGGAAGGAGGCGUCGUCGCCGUGCCAACCCAAACAUCGAGACCAUCCCUCUCGUUAAGAAACUGUGAUCACUUUGUGUGUAAGAUUUUUUAUAUCUAUUAUGUAUUGUAUGUGUGAAGACGUAACAAUCUGUAUAUAUAGAAUGCCGGACUAAUUACAGGUGUGUGUGGUGUACCACUGUAUUAUAAUUAUUAUUCAGAGUUCAAUACAUACGGCAAAGUCAAUAAAUGCAAAAUCACACUUCGCAAUAAAAUUCCUGCUCCAAAAUUACGAUAAUGAGAUAAAAGUUGUCACACUUGGAGAAGAAGGCAGGGACACAAAUUGCUGAUCUCUCACACUCAUUCAAUCAGUGUGGGGUUUUCAAAGGGGAAGUGCCAGUGAACUGGAUGUUCACAGAUCAUCUUCUUCCUGACAGUCGGGUGGUGGAGGACGUGUGGGAUGACCUGCCAACAUUCUCCUGAAGGUGAGGUUUAUUCUUGGAUGAAGAGCUCUUCUGCGCACAGGCAGGGAGUGGAACCACAUAGAGUUGGUUGGAGGACACAUCACAAGCAGACUACCGUGACCCAACUCUAGCUUUACUGGGUCCCCAGCAACACACCCACUAGACCCUCCUCCUCCCUCCUCCUCCUCCUCUUCUUCCUCGAGAGUCUCUGUGGCGGAGAACAAAGUCGCGAGGCUGUCCAAAUGAGAGAGAAGCAAUCGGAGCUGUCUGCACGAGCUCUCGUUCAUUGUCUCUGUGUUCCCCUAUGUGAUCCGACCCAUCUCUGUAGCGGUUGACCAGAACGAAAUUGAACGUCUCUCCACCGAGUGCCUCCCCCACGUGAUCCCUGAGGGAACUGACCAAUGGGAUCCAUGGGUUGGCUGGCAUGGUGAUACCGGAGAAGGAAUACGAAAGUCCGUGGUCUCCAAAUGCAGCGUGACGUCGUGGGAUUGAUUGGACCCGUCCUGCCAGACUCACCGUUUGCUGAGAACUGGAGAAGUAGGAAGGUAGAUGGCUCUCCAGCUGCUGGAAUAUGGAGUCUGCCGCAGCCUUUCCGUAGAAAUUGGAGCAGUAGCGGAGGUUGAGUCCCAGUUGGUGUUUGCAGAUCUUCUGAAAGCUGGUGUCUGGUCUGGGUUUGGGUGGUAGUCGUGUGCUGAAGAUAAUCUCCUCUUUAGGUUCUUCAUCCCCGGGAAUCAUGUAUUCUUCUAGCUUUUUUCUCGUCAUCAUUUUCAGUUUGAAUAUAUUUCUGGCUUCUUUGAGUACAUACUAGGGAAUAUAUGUCCUCAAGUCUUCGAAUGUGUCCUCACUCGGUCCUCACUGCACCUUAGCCAGCCAACUCUACUCUU